AUGGGCGGACCAGGCGGCCAUCAAGGAGGACGAGGAAAAGGCGAUGGCGGCGGCGGGACUGCGGCCGCUUCUGCCAAUCCUGACGUCGUUCGGGAUAACUACAUCCCGAUCUUCGAUGGCCAGCCGAGCUCCUACAAGGAGUACCGCAAGAGGGUGAACCUGUACUUCAAGAAGAUGUCCCUCGCGAACAAGAAGGCCGAGGCGACCAUCAACUUGCUGACCUCCUUGGCCGGCCCAGUUUGGAAACAGGUGGAGCACCUUGCGGACACCGCCCCCGACGACGAGAACGGCUUCACCUUGGUGCUGCAGGAGCUGGACCGCGUGUACCAGUACGACAGCCGGGUUGAGAUGCCAAAGGCCUUCGAGCGCUUCUUCUACGGAGUCAGCCGGCCAAGUGGCCAGACCCUGAUCCAGUACUGCUCGCAGCAUCGUGAAGCCGCCCGCGAGUUGGAAAGACAUGAUGUGAAGCUGCCGGACCCUGUCGGCGGAUGGCUGCUCCUGAGAAGAGCGGCUCUGACCGCUGAGCAGAGGCAGCUGGUGAUGAGCCAGGUGGACAACAAGAAGCUCAGCGUGACCACCGUGGAGCAGGCUCUCUUCUACUUGUUCGGACAGGACUACAAGAGCUCCACGGCCCGACACGACGCCAGCCGCCCUUCCGGGAGAGGACGACCGUAUGUGGCCAACCGCUGGUCCGGCCACCGCGGGUACGGAGCGGCAUACGCCGCUGAGGACGACGAGGGCUUUGCGGACGGCUACGACGGCGAGUGCUACGAGGACACCGCGGACCCCGUGUACUACGAGGAGGAGCCGGACGCCCAGUACGACGAGGAGGAUUGGGAGCCCAAUGACGGGGACUAUCAGGAGGCGACGUAUCACCUCGAUGAGGACGAGGACGAAUACGUCGAGGAGGCCUACGCCGCCUACUUGGAUGCCCGGCGGCACCUGGCCGAAGUGAAGGCAGGCCGCGGCUACUACCCUGUGGUGGCCGUAGUGGACAAUGGUGCCCAACUCCCGGUUGCUGCCCAUCCUGGAGGAAAAGGCAAGACGAAAGGAAAGCCGAAGGGCAAGGGCAGUGUGAAGGGGAAGGCCACCAAGGGUAAGCCUCAGAUUCCCCCGGCCAAAGGAUUGGCCCGGGCUGCUGCCACCAAGUGCCUGCGAUGCGGCCAGCUGGGCCACUGGGCCGCGCCGACCCCACCUGGGUCCCCGAACAAGCGCCAGAAGCCGGAACAAGCUAUGAUGGCCAUGGGAUCCGUGAGCGAGCUCUCCCCGGCACGUUUCGGGCAGUGCGUUUGUAUGCAAGAUGGGGGAGCCUCCUCGAUGGUUGGUGGCCACGACUACGUCAUGGAGAUCCUCACGGCUCUGGUCCAACGAGGUGUCGAUCCAGACACCUUUGCGUUCUCGCAGGCCAACAAGAGUUUCCUGUUUGGCGGAGACAACAGAUGCCUAUCCGAGUGGAGUGUGCACCUCCCUGUGUGGAUUGGCGGAACGAAGGGCCGCAUCCAGUGCUACCUGGUUGUGGGGACCAUGCCCAUCCUGAUGGGGAGGCCGCUCCUCAAGGCCCUACGGGUGAAAGUCGACUACGACACCGACCAGGACGGCCUCAACGAGGACACGCUGGGAACCAGCUACAUCUUCGACUACAUCACUGAUGACUGCGUCGAGGACUUCCUCGCAGACGGACCCCUGCACAGCAUCGCGGAGUACCUCCAGCACACAGGUCGACCUGGCCCCGUCUUCACCGUGGAAGAAGUGAUGCUGGAGGAGGAUGAAGCGACCCUCAACUCCCUCGAGGACAAUGCCCGCAACCUGGCAGAGGCUAAGGGACUGGCCCCUGUGGUGGAAUCACCACUCCCGCCGUCGAUGUGGAAGAGCUUUACAUACGGAAUCAACAGGGCAAAGAAUGAGUUGGACCGCCACCUGGAGAAUGCCUACAAGGUGGCCGACUCCGACGAGGCCCUCUUCUGGGAAGUUUACAGUGGCUCCGGCAACCUCUCUGCUGCCAUGCGCGACCUCGGCUUCAAGACCCGCUCCUUCGACCUGCCGGAGUGGAACUUUGAGGACGCCAGCCACCGCCGUGCCUUCUUCGAGCUGAUGGACCACGAGAUGCCGCGCGUCAUGUGGCUGGCCCCGCCGUGUACCAAGUGGUCGCCCCUCCAGAACUUCACGAGCCACAGCCCGGAAGCACUGGAAGUUCUCCAUGCCACUCGCGACUACCGCCACCACACGCACCUCAAGUUUGUGCGACGUGCGUUUCUUCGCAUGGUAACCAUGGGCAUUGCGGUCAUCGAGCACCCUCGUGGGUCUAAGGCUUGGAGUACGCCAGCCUUUCACGACUUGGGCAUGACCGUGAUUGUGGACCAAUGUGCCCUCGGCGCUGUUCUCCCGAACAGGCAGGGAGAGAUGAUGCCGAUCCAGAAGACCACCCGACUGGCGGUCAACCAUGGAUUGCUGGCAGAGACCCUGGGCGCCUACCGGGCCAAAGCCGCGGCGGAAUACCAGUCGAUGAUGUGUGCGCUGAUUGCGGAGGCCCUCCAGGGUGCCUACUACGCCCACUUCGUCUACGGCAACUCGACCACGGAAGAGGCCAUGCCCGCCUCUGACGUCGACAUGGAGGAGUAUGAACCCUCUGAUGCGCCACCUCCUGACGAGACGACCCCGGAAGCACCGUUCGACGAGCUGGACCUGCCGACCAACGCGGACAUGGAGGCAGAGCAGGCCUUCGGCAGGAACGACCACCCCGUGCCGGACAAUGCCCCGCAAAGGACCGGCGAACAUGACGAUGCACCACCACCACCUCCUGUGCCGACGUCGAACCGGCUUACCGGGUGCCUUCGCAAACUGGAAUGCAAGACCCCAGCCGAAGCUCAGCGCAUUGUGGCCCGACUUCAUCGGAACCUAGGUCAUCCGAGCAAUCGAGAUCCCAAGCGGCUCCUGGCGCAAAGCGGUGCCACCAGGCUGGUCACGGAGACAGCGGAGGAGUACCAGUGCCCUACAUGCCGGAAGCUCGCGCUCCCGGUCCAGGUCCCGAAGACGACUCUCCGUACCACAUACCGGUUCAACGAACGCCUCCUGUCGGACACCAUCUUGGCUGCAGAUCCUGGACAAGACCACCCCAGUCCUCACCAUGAUGGAUGGAUACGCACCUUCGGGCCGCCCACCAACCUCUUUGUGGACAGCCUGGGGGAGCGACGAGGUGAUGCGGUGCUACGUCGCGCUGUGGAGCUCUACUUGGAGGACCACCCCGCAACUGGUUUCAGCCCCACACAAUGGGUGCUCGGCUACCAGCCCUCCAUCUUCGGGAGCCUCCUCGACUCGAACGUCAACUACAGCCAUCUCGACCCCACGGAAGCCUUCCAGCACAAGAUGGAGUGUCGAGUGCGGGCCGCCACCGCGGUGGUCAAGGCGGACAAUGAUCUACGCCUACGACGAGCUCUACUACGACAGCAUCGGGGUGAUCCCCCGCGCCUGCUGGUUGGUCAGAAGUGCUUCUACUGGCGUGAAGCCGCUGGCUCUGGCCCACGCAUUCGAUGGAAGGGCCCAGCCACCGUUGUCCUGACCGAGUCUCAGAAGGGAUCGGGACAGCCGCCCAACGUCUACUGGCUGGUCCAUGGCACUGCGCUGAUACGUGCAACCCCGGAACAUGUGCGACCAGACCUUGAGUCGGACACCAUUGCCGCGGACGCCCCGGCCGUGCACUUACUUGUCAGGAAGGUCCAGAACCGCGGCGCUACCGUCUACAUCGACCUCCUCAAGACCAACCGCAAGCGCCGCCGCGAAGACUUGGCGCAUUCGGAUGAUGAGGCCAUGGAUGAUGAUGACGACGACGGACAACCACCGCCACAGCCGCCUGCGGGCCCCACCUCAUCGCUAUGGUCUUGCCUGUGUGUUUUCGCUGCUUUUUAUCAAGCGAACAAGCUAGAGUUUCACCCAAUGAAUGCUGUGAUCGAAAUCCCAAGCGACUUGUGCAGCGGCCGGGCUGGGCAGGGCGUUUUAGCUGGAAAAGCACAGCUGCCCAAAUGGCUUUUGCUGUAUACGGGCGACGAAGUCCCCGCGGGGGGAGAUGCCAGGCGGCCGGCAGGAGCCGAGAUCCGGAUGGCGUGCAAAAUUAGUGCUGUGCAGAAAUAUCUGCCGGGUCGCAUGCACACGGGCCUCCUGACUCAGGAGGUAGAGGCUUGGAACGAGCUGAAGUUCAGCGUGCCGAGCCGGUCGAGCGGCUAUGCCUCAUCCACCGCCCACGAGUGUAAAUUUUGUGAAUGGGUAGUGGAGAAACAGUUCACAUUCAGCCAGCCCAUUGCGAUGACUCGCUUGCAGUUUCCGGGCAAGCAGCUCCAGAGGGUCUGUACAGCAACUCCGGAGAUUGUUCAAACAUGCAAGCAGUCAGGUGGCCGCUGCAGCGGCACUUUGAACAGAAAUGCUGCAGGCCCAGGUGCAGCAGGUGCGGCGGCGGCAGCUGAUGGAGGCCGUCUUGUGGAUGCAUCUUUUGAUAGGCCAUGGCUUAUCCGAGUGCCUCGAAGUUUGCAUUUCUUGUCGGAGAAUCCUGAUGGUGAUGCAAACAGAAGUUUCUGCACACCCGUCUCUGUGGCGAAAUCCUUGCACUUGCCAGUGGGGGAGCCACCAAAUGCUCUGGCUGUGCAGGUUCAGCCUGUGAAGGAUAAGCUUAGCCCAUCGCAACAGCUGAGUUUGCUCCGCAUGAACUUUUCGUUGCAAUUUGCUGCAGAUAUGAGAACGGUGCUAUCAUGUGCCGUUCAGUUCUUGAACCCUUUUCUGGGGUCAGUGGACGAGGGUAUGCUUCAGCGAGCUUUGGGCAGCCUCCCCCACUUUGCGACAGUGCGAAAGUGGAUGCUCAAGCUGGAUUUGCUGAGCAUGGAUUUUCGAAGAAGGCUCAUGCGUAGCGAAGUUGCAGGGGACCAGGUGCGAGUGGCUCGUUACCUGUCGAUGGAUGCCUCGCCCCAAGCAGGUUACGAAUAUUUGGCAACCACAGAGGAGACAAUUCGAAGAUGUGUCCCUGUGCAGGCUUCUGCGUGCCCUUGGAAGGGUUUCACCCAUGAGUUCAGGACUAUGGUGAUCACGACUUUAGGUCGAGGCGAGACACGUGCCUUUCUCAAGGCUUGCCGCCUGCGGCAUGCAAUCAUACUUGAGAACGGUCCUGACUACGAGGACACAUAUCGUGCCCAGGUCAAAGGCUGGGUUUCGGAUCAAGGGACGGAAAGAAAGGUACCCCAGAUGCCUGUGUCAGGAGAUCCUGCAGAGCUGCAGGCUUUGGCAGCACUUGUUGCUGCUGAAGGCGACCCGGAUGUUGAGCAUCUGGUGCGGGGCACCUCAAAAGCAUUGCUCUGGAACAGCUUUAGGCAUUUGGGCUUGAUGCACGUCAUGUUUAAUUCCUUGGAGGAGUCAUGCAAAGGGUGUCCUCGCUGGGAUUCCUUCGAGAAACAGUUGUCUGCCAUCUCCAAACUGUUGCGUGACAGAUCUUUCAGGGACAUUGUGGUGCAUCGGAUGAUGGCUACGGCCACAGCACAGGAGAAGAGCACUGUGCAGGCAUAUCACGGGGAGCUUUUGUCUUGGAGAUGGGAGUCUCUUUACGAAACCUUGAAACAUUAUGUGCAUGUACGUCCAAUUCUGAUGAAUUACUGGGACCGGGAGUUGCUGAGUUCCGAAGCCCAACUCUGCGAUGCUGUGGGGGAGGCCUUGACGGAUCCCUUUCACUCAGCGUAUGCAGAGUGGGCAUUCAUGUUUUCGGGUUUUGUUCAGCGAUGGUCUCGCUGGAUGGAAGGGUGCUUCUGCCAUGAGAGUGAACUGAAGGAAGCAAAAACCCGGAAAGCCAGGGAAGCUAUUUCAUGUUGCUGGAAGGGAAAGCGAACAGCAGUGCUUGCAGCGGGCUAUGGAGAGACCAUCCUUGCUGAGGCCAGGGCAUGCACCAGUCCCAGGUAUGCUGAGGCAGUCUUGAGGUUGCCGCGGGAAGUGGCAGCCAUGGCUUUCAUGGACCAGCAGGCCCGGGAGAAGUGGGCGACCGUGUUCGAGUCCAAAACCGUUUACUUUCAGCAGUUGCCCUUCCGGCUUGCAGGCGCUUAUGCUCACUUUUGCAUGCCUGAGAGGUAUACACUUGAGGGAAGCAAAAAGAUAGUCGCGGAGUGUUUCCGGGAGUAUGACAGGUUGUGUGCUGUGGGCCGUGUUGAUGCUUUGCUGCACGGCAUUUUCCAGAGGCAAGGUGCAGCCGCGACAGGUGUGGCAGAGCAGCUGUGGGCUUUUGCGAAUUCACCAAGCGGACCACACGGUCGACAGCUGGAGGAUUUCCCUUUGGCGUGGGCAGAAAUUCAGGAACGAGCCUUUUGCUCUUGUGUGGAGCGAGCCACAGAGAAGCAACAUGUCCUGAUCAAAAUCGGAGCCCGGAGAACACUUCGCUUCUCUGGGCCGGCCAUGGCAUGUGUCCGGGCACGGAGGAGGCAGCAUGAGGCAUUCAUGGAUGAUGGAGUAGGUCGCGUGUUUUUGCUCGAGAACUGGCCAAAACAAAGUCUGGAUGUCGAGCUUUUGUCACAUGUGCUUCCACGUUCAUCGUGCUGGCAGAAGACCUUUGCGUACAGACUGUCUCGUGUGUACGGGUACAAUGAGGCGGACCACUUCAUGGAGACAGGGGAGACGGAGGCCAGUGCUGAAGCGUUGGGAGAUGCCACCGACAAGGCACUGAAAUCAGCCGCAGCCCUGGUGAAUGGAGAGGUCAAGCUCACUGCCCAAGGCCUCAUGAUCGUGGACUUUUUGAAAAGCCAGCUGCAGACAGGCUGUGUCUUUAGCGUUCCCGAGGCGCUCUUUGACACCUUGCAAGCCAAAUCUGUGCCAGAUGAGAGGCAGGACGAGGAAGAUGCGGGGAAGCACACACUUCUGGACAUGGCACAGGCUUUGAUUCCGAAGGAUGUGGUAGCUAGGAAGGCCGAAGACCAUGUUUACAGCUAUGUCGUGGAUGCACGGCCCGAAAGGCGGCAUCAGCAGCUAGGUGUCGGCAGUGUUAAGAACAGACAUGUCCUUCAGUGCAUCAGGUUUUUGCAGGUCAGCCUUGAAGACCUCGAACAGCCCCGUGUUUCGUACACCAGUGUCCGGAAACACGAUCUGGAUCUGAGUGCUGUGGCUACUCAGGCAGGUCUCGAGAUGAUGUCUUCGGCCUGUGUCGUUUGGCUGCCUCAAUGUACAUCAUUGCAGGUCAAGCUACAGGCCGAGCUGUUAGACAGCUCCACAGGUGUGCAAGCAGCACCAUUGCGACUGCCUGCUGUUGUCUCAGACGAGGACAUGCUUUGCGACUUGGCCGAGGAAGACAGGGAGCGGCAGGAACUGGAGCUUGUAGUUCCUGAAAACAAAGGGGUUGACGUUUCUGCGACCAUGGUGAUGUCAGAUCUUGAGCAAGCCUUGGUAGACACCUUGUUCCAACGAAGAGCGGUAGCAGAUAAUUUUGUUCCGGCAUUAGGUCUUCCCUAUUUUGGUAUUGCGGCAGCACAAUCGCUUUCAGAGAAAGGGAUCCUGCAAGUCAGGGAGGACGAUUUCGGAGAGUUGCAACUGUCACUGACGGAGAAGAUGCAAGUCAGAGGUGUUGUCACUUUGACGGAUCCAGUGUCCUUGGCUGACCACGAGCCACAGAUGCAGAGCUCAGCUGGUAGAAACAAGCUCUCUUGGCUUAAACUGCUGCUGAUGCAGGACUGGAAGCCUGGCCAGCGUAGGAAAAAAACGUUUGAGUGGCGGCACAAAGAUGAGGCUCGAGAGCUGCCAGGCAACAUGUUGAGCAGACCCGAGUUUCACUUCAGAGCUCUUGCUUUUGAAGCAACAAUCUUCGAGAAGCCCGGGAACCUGAGCAAAAUUUCGCAUUGUGGAAGCAGUGCGUAUUACGAACUUCUGUUGACAAAGGAAGAUUUGACGGGGAUUGGGGAGUGGACACUGGAACAGACGAUGAAGUUCGCUUGGCCCCGCAAGAGAAAGCAGGGCAGCGAGCCAAAGUCCCGUGUCGCCCGCCCCAGAGCAUUGGAGCCGCCCAUGCAAUUGCAAAUCGAGAUGCCGGGUGAGAAGCCCGUGCAAUCCCGAGUGCCUGGGCUUGAAGGGCUUACGGUUUAUUUCGACAACUUUACACAUCAGUCUGGGCGUCGUCGGGCUUUCAUUGCCUGUGGGUGUGCUGCCCACAAAGGACAAUGUCGUCGCUAUGUUUUCGUGACUGAUUACCCUAGUAUCCAAGAUUGUGUUGCUUGGUUGUUGACCUGGGCCUCUGCGGCACAGCGGUUUCGCACGACUGCGGAGCAUGUCGGCCACAAUCCCACUUCUGAAGCUGUUCGUAGCAUGAAGCAGCGGCAGUCUCUGGGACUGUAG